UGGAAGACACAUGAUUGUCAGUAAAAAAUACGCCUCUGUUGUUUUCGUUGUAUUUUUUGGUUAUUAAUGCUCAAGAAGUUAACUGUUUAAGAAUGUUCUUGUAUCUGAUUUGACCCUUCCUUAAAGCAAAAGAGUUUCCACGUGCACCGUGCGAACUUGAAGCGACCUGAUCGAAGAUUUCGCGCUAUAGGACUUUGGAUCAUAGAGUCGGGUACGAGAGAGGAUACAAGUCUCAUUAGGGAAAAAACCGGCGUACGAACGAACACCUGGAAGCGUGUGGAAAAGGGAAAACUCUCCCGAUCUCCCGCUCUAUCCUAACCAUUUUGUGCGAUACUCUAACUCCGUGUAACGUCUUUGAGACAAGGGACGAAGAAUGCCGGCCUCUGUGAAUUCUGGCCCCUUGAUGACCCUUCAAGGAAUUCUGAAAGUUCUAGAAAUUGGUUCCAUUUGCGUGGCGUUUUCUUGCCUGGCUGAAUUUGACCAAAAAUAUGCGCUCUUUUGGUAUGAGGAUUAUCGAUCGCGAUUUGACUUCUUCAUGGCGGUGUUUGCUACAGGCUGGAUCGUCGUCUUGUGCGUGUUUCUGACAUUCAUUUUUAUAUCGGAAGGGAAUAUAACAACUGGAAAGAACUGGGAUAUUCUGCUCCUAGUGUUCUACAUUGUGUUUGUGGUGCUGUUUUUAAUCUCCUCCUCUCUCAUUGCGGACAUUUUGAGAGACAUGUACAGUGCCAAUUGGCACAAAAUUCCUCAUCGCAUGAGCUCCACCCACGUUCUGACUGUUUCUGUGUGUUGUGGCUUUGUUUCGGCGGCUCUGUUUCUUAUGGAUUCCGCGAUUCUGUAUACGAAAAUCAACGGCCGGCCUGACGAUGAAUCCUUGCCUGACCCUAACCCUGGAUUUUACUUAGAUUAGAUUUAAUUAAACCAGAGCAGUUAGUAGAACGUAUAUGCCACGUGAUGCUCACAUGCAUCCCUUUUAAAGUGCAUUGGAGGAAAUGCAAUGCCGGGGAAAGGUGUUGGCAGAAAAACUCCAACAAGAAUCUUUUCAACAAUACUCCUGCGCGUCAUGAUCCUGUUUCUACUUCCUUAACCUUAAUGGGCCAUUUCCGAAUCAACUUUUGCCUCUUUUUCAAAACAAGACCUGGUGCUCAACCAUUCGUAUGAAAAAUUAGUUUAAUUUACAUCUGAAUGAGAAUCUUAUAGUUAUAUAAAAACAGAUCAGCACCAGGACUUGCUUUGAAAAAGAGGCUAAGGGUAAGUCGGAAAUUAGCUAUUCUUUAUGAUCAGACUCUCAAUAAAAAAAUAUUUUGUGAUCUUUUCUUAAACGACCCUGAAUCUGCUAUAUAAUGAACUUUUUUUGGUAUCCCAAAUGAAUCAAGAGGUCAACAGAUUUCCCUGCGACUGUGAUUAUAUGACAAUCAUGUAUGUGAACAGCGGUUGAAGAAGUUAAAUGAAUAUGAUGGAGAUCUUUGCCUUUUUUUCACUAUAACUCAAGAAAGUUUAUUACAGCGAAUAUCGUUGUCAUAUUCACAUUUCCCUGUUUCAUAAUUUUCUUUAUCCGACCCCUUCCUCAAAAUAGCGCCAAAUUUUCACUGCCAAAUUAGUUUGUUGUCUCGUAAUAUCAGUGUGCCUGUGGCAUUUUUAAUGGGCUACGUUAAUCAAUGGAAUCAUUAUUAGUGUCAGUAGACGUUGCCUUAAGCUAAAUGGAGAUUAUAAAAAAGAAAAGUUUGUCCUAAAAAACAUGCUACUUCUAUCUCAGCCUUAACGUGGAAAGUGUAUACAAGAUCCUAUAAGUAGUUACUAAUUUUUGCGUGCUGCGACUCCAAAGGGAACCUUAUCAUUGGACAAUUGACUUCAACGAUUCGACUAUGAACGUCGCUAUUUUUAGGGCAGUUCAAGAAACCUUGCUGCAUUUCUUGAAACCUGACUCAUAAAAACGCAGGUGCUACUGAAGAGCCUCUUGAGGUGUUUAAGUCAACAUUUUGCAGAAAGGAAAACCUUCACAAAGAUUGAACAAACAAUAAAUUGGAAUUAAUUUUGAUGAAUUAAAUUUUUUUUAACAAA